AACAUCAACGAAAAAAAAAUAUCCCAAACACCCAGAAAUUUUAAUCUCCUACUGUACCAGAUUCUGACUUGGGGCUCUCAAAGAAAGUGAUUUUGGAAGAUCUAAGAGCUUUGGGAGCCAAUACGUGCCAUCUCAUUAUCUGGACGUUUGAACUACUACUCUUUCUUCUACCUUCAAUAAUAGCUUUCUUUUUUCUUUUCUUUUCUUCUAGUCUGCGGUAAUAUUGCUUCUUUGAUUGAUUCUUUUAUCUUAGGCUAAGACCUAUUAGAAAAGACUUGGAAUUUAUCUCAAUUGAUGUGUUAUAAGCCUGUUCCUUUGAAAUUUUGACUCUAUUUUUCCUUACUUUGACCGUAACCAAAGCGAAGUUUGCAUCUUUGUCUUGUUCUCUAAGUAAUUCUAGUCAAAUUCUUGGAUCCUUUCCUUAAUUGAUUCUUUGGGGGUUUAUCAUAAUUUCUCUGCCUCAAACAAAAGGGUCUCUUUUUUUAUGUUCUUUGUUCCCAAUUGUAUAAACAGAUCUCUUUAUUUCCGAGCCUCCAUGAUUGCAGAGAAGAAGAACAGUCCCAAGGGAUAACAUGUUACUUAGAAAUUAGGUGAUUUAUCUAAGGUAAUUAGAAGCGUUGUCGUUUUGACAUUGUUAUGUCCGGGGCUGCGAGGCAGGGUGUGGAGCAUGUAGACUUGCCUAAAAUGGAGGCAAACCCUAAACCCGGAUGUUGCAACCCGGUUAAAAAACCAGGACCCGUCUCAAUGGAUCAUGUUCUUUUAGCAUUACAGGAGACUAAGGAAGAAAGGGAUUUAAGAAUUCGAAGUUUGUUCAAUUUUUUUGAUGCAGCCAAUGUGGGAUUCUUGGAUUAUGCUCAGAUUGAAAAAGGUCUGUCAGCUUUGCAGAUUCCGGCUGAGUAUAAGUAUGCUAACGAUCUGUUGAGAGUUUGUGAUGCAAACAGAGAUGGGCGUGUGGAUUAUCAAGAGUUUAAGAGGUAUAUGGAUGAUAAGGAGCUUGAACUUUAUAGGAUUUUUCAAGCUAUUGAUGUGGAACAUAAUGGCUGCAUUUUGCCUGAGGAGCUUUGGGAUGCCCUUGUUAAGGCUGGGAUUCAAAUUGAUGAUGAGGAGCUUGCUCGAUUUGUAGAAGAUGUCGAUAAGGACAAUAAUGGAAUUAUAACAUUUGAAGAAUGGAGAGAUUUCCUUCUACUUUACCCUCAUGAAGCUACCAUUGAGAACAUUUAUCAUCAUUGGGAAAGGGUUUGCCUUGUAGAUAUCGGAGAACAUGCUGUUAUUCCUCAAGGCAUUAGUAAACAUGUCAAGAGAAGCAAAUAUUUUAUUGCAGGAGGAAUAGCAGGAGCAGCUUCUCGCACUGCAACUGCUCCUCUAGAUCGCUUGAAGGUGGUUUUGCAAGUGCAAACUACAAGUGCUAGUAUUCUGCCAGCUGUAAAGAAGAUAUUGAAGGAAGAUGGUGUGUUAGGGUUUUUUCGAGGUAAUGGAUUAAAUGUUGUGAAGGUAGCCCCUGAAAGUGCCAUCAAGUUCUAUGCAUAUGAAAUGUUAAAGAAUGUUUUAGGAGACAGUAUGGGGGAUAAGAAUGGUGAUAUAGGAGCCAGUGGGAGACUUAUUGCUGGUGGCGUGGCAGGUGCAGUGGCACAAUCAGCUAUCUACCCAAUGGAUCUUGUAAAAACUCGGUUACAGACUUGUACUUCUGAAAGUGGAAGGGCUCCAAAUCUGGGGAAAUUAACAAAGGAUAUUUGGGUUCAGGAGGGACCUCGAGCGUUUUAUAAAGGUCUUGUGCCAUCUCUUCUGGGGAUUAUCCCGUAUGCUGGCAUUGACCUUGCUGUCUAUGAGACCUUGAAAGAUCUCUCAAGGACAUAUAUUCUCGAAGAUAGUGAACCUGGUCCUCUUGUGCAACUAGGCUGUGGGACAAUUUCUGGAGCUUUAGGAGCAACCUGUGUUUACCCUUUGCAGGUUAUUAGAACGAGACUGCAAGCUCAACGUACUACCUCUGAAGCUGCGUAUAAGGGAAUGUCCGAUGUAUUUUGGAGAACCUUUCGGGAUGAAGGCUAUGGAGGUUUCUACAAAGGUCUCUUUCCAAAUCUUCUCAAAGUUGUCCCAGCUGCAAGCAUUACUUAUAUGGUUUAUGAGGCUAUGAAAAAGAGUCUAGACCUGGACUAAGAUCAGUCCCGAAGCACGUAAGCGGAAGUAGAGAUAAUGAAGAAUAUAGUAAGAUAAUAAGAUAAUUAAACAAGUAAACAUUGAUUGUUUUGAGUUAUAUGAUAGAUGAUAAUUCCCCUUAAAAGAAUGGGGUGCAUGGUUUUGUCACAUACAAAUUUUUCACCGAGGCUUAUGGAAACAAAAUGUUGAGAAUCGGAUUUAU